CUCAAACUCUUCAAUAACAAUACUUUUAACCAAGUCUUAAGAAAUGGUUUCUUCUUCUUCAACCAAGUUUGUUCUGUUCUUAGCUUGUCUCUUCAUGUUCACAUUCUCAAACAACCUCGUCGCGGCUGAAGAAUCUGAUGACAAAGUGAAGCUUAAUCUUUACUACGAAUCACUUUGUCCCUAUUGUCAAAACUUCAUCGUUAAUGAUCUUGGUAAAAUCUUUGACACCGAUCUCUACACUAUCACCGAUCUCAAGCUUUUUCCAUUUGGUAACGCUCAUGUCUCCACAAAUCUGACUAUAACUUGCCAGCAUGGUGAAGAGGAAUGCAAACUAAACGCUCUUGAAGCUUGUGCUAUAAGAACUUGGCCUAACCCGAAACUGCACUACAAGUUCAUACAAUGCGUUGAAAAGGAUACAAAUAAGUGGGAAACAUGUGUUAAAAGAUCUAGAUAUGAGAAAGCCAUCAAAGAUUGUUACAAUGGUGAUCUCUCUAAAAAGCUCAUACUUGAGUAUGCAAAACAAACCAUGAGUUUGAAGCCAAAACAUGAAUACGUACCAUGGGUUACACUCAAUGGCAAACCACUCUAUGACAAUUACGAUAAUUUGGUCGAGCAAAUUUGCAAAGUAUACAAAGGAAAAGCUAUCCCAAAAAUAUGUAAUUCAUCUACCUUGUCUAAGAGGAAAGUGUCGAAGCUUCAAGUCUCCUAUGUCGAUGAAGCUAAAAAUUACUAAGUGUUGCUAAGAUGGAUCAGUAGCUUUAUGCUAUAAGUGGAAUGAUAAAUAAAAGACUUUUUUUAUUGGUCAUGCA